CGCCGUAGACGUCGCUCCUUGUAUUUAGAGCAGAGGGAAGGUCAUUCGAUGCGUCAUGAUAGUCAGAUGAACAUUAUUUUGAGUUUCAAACAUGGAUUUAUAUGGUGAAAUAAUACUGUUGUUAUUUACGAUACUGGUUUUAUUGGAGACAGCGUCAGCUUUGUACUUCGAUCUACCAAUAGGAGAAAAAAAGUGUUUCAUAAACGAAAUAUCUGACGAUACUACUGUUACAGUGAAUAUGAAAGUGAUAAUUUACGACCCGAAAUCUGGAGGCUAUAUAGAAACCGUCUUUGGCAACAGUAUGCAUAUCGAGGUUCAAAACCCCAACGGUGAAUUCUUGAUAUCUCGCAUUUACCAAUCACCAGCCAAGAUAUCAUUUACAUCGUUCUUUCCUGGAGACCACACUUUCUGUAUGACCUCCGAGAUGAAACCAGGGAUUAGUGGUUUCGUACAUAGAGUGUACAUGCUCAUACAAGUAGGUGAGCAUGCAAUAAACUAUGCUAAUGAAGAGCCGCAGCUUCAACUAAGGAUCAAACAUCUGCACAACCAAGUAGAACAAAUUAAAAAGGAACCAAGUUAUCAGAGGUAUCGUAUCGAACUUUUCAGAGAGGCUUCCGAUGAUAUAACCCACCGGAUAAUUUGGUGUAGCCUACUCACAACCUUAGUUUGCAUCAUCAUUGCCAACUCGCAAAUUCGUCAUAUAAGGAGUUUGAAGUGGAUUAAUUAUUUUCUAGUGAGAUACGAUUCGAGAUAUGCACAAGUUUCGAUAGAACGCAGAUAGAACUCAGAAUAUUCUGAUGAUAUUGAAUGAAUCAUCGAGACACGAAAACAAACGACAGAACUAGUGUUUGAUGUGGUAUAAAUAAAUAAGCGAAUAGAGUUAUGUACCGCUG